AUGAAAGGGUAUGGAGACACGGAGGACCGAGUGGCGCUUCCGGGCGGCAAUGGGCUCCUGGACCUGCGAAAGAGCAGCCUGGAGGAACUACAGCUGGCACGGAUUUACACGCGCAACAGAACGGAGGUAGCCUUGGCGCAGGGCUAUCUCAGCGAAGAGGAUGACUCUGAUGCCGACGAGCUUGAUGGCAAGUUGUAUACAGAAAAGUACUACCAUGACAACGGCAACCUCAA